AUCUCUCUCUUUUCCGGUUCGUUUUCAGCUGCGUCUCCACUGCUCGAAUUCCGCUCGUCGUUCCGCCAACCAGAGACAGCCGCCGUCGCCGAGCCGCCAGGAAGCCGCUGUCUCCGACCGUCGUCGCAUCCUUGUCCCCGUCGCGCAACAGACCGGCGGUCCACCAGGGGGUUGCAGCGGCGAGUUCCCCCUCCCCCAAUCCAGUUUCAAUUCUUCAAAUUCGAGUGGACGAUCAAACUGCUUCUUAGUUAAGGAGAAUGCUCAUUGGGUUUUAGAUCUCAUAUGAUGAACACCAUAUCAUUUCCAUUCAAGGGAGUACAGGCAUCAUUUUCCAAUGUUUCAAACUUAAGAAGCCAAAACAAGAGUUAUAGAAAUAGAAUUAAAAUGGAGCUCUCCAUCACACAACCUGAUGAUUGGCAUCUUCAUCUUCGUGAUGGUCAUCUUCUUGAAACAGUUGUCUCUCACAGUGCAUCUAACUUUGGAAGGGCAAUCAUUAUGCCGAAUUUAAAACCUCCUAUCACUACCACUGCUGCAGCUGUCGCAUACCGGGAUUCCAUCUUAAAUGCAUUGGCUCCUAAUUCUGGUUUUACUCCGCUUAUGACACUAUAUUUAACCGAUACAACAAGUCCGCUGGAAAUCAAACAAGCCAAAAAUAGCGGAGUAGUAUAUGCUGUGAAGCUUUAUCCUGCUGGUGCUACAACCAAUUCUCAGGAAGGCGUUACUGAUCUUUUUGGAAAAUGCAUGCCAGUUCUUGUGGAAAUGGCUGAGCAAGAGAUGCCUCUCCUGGUCCAUGGAGAAGUAACAAGCCCUGAAGUUGAUGUAUUUGAUCGAGAAAAGGUUUUUGUUGAGACAGUUUUAGGGCCUUUAGUGCAGAGACUUCCACAGCUGAAGAUUGUGAUGGAGCAUGUCACCACCUUGGAUGCUGUGAAGUUUGUAGAAUCUUGCCAAGAAGGAUAUGUCGCAGCGACGGUCACCCCACAACAUCUUAUUCUAAACAGGAAUUCUCUGUUUCAAGGUGGGCUCCAGCCACACAAUUACUGCCUUCCUAUACUUAAACGAGAGAUCCACAGACAAGCUAUUGUGUCUGCCGUGACAAGUGGCAGCAGAAAGUUUUUCUUAGGCACUGAUAGUGCUCCACAUGAUCAACGGAAGAAAGAAUGUCCGUGUGGGUGUGCUGGUAUCUACAAUGCUCCUGUGGCAUUGUCGGUCUACACAAAGGUUUUUGAGGAGGCUGGCGCGCUUGACAAGCUAGAAGCAUUUACAAGCUUUAAUGGACCUGAUUUCUAUGGUCUUCCUAGGAACACAAGAAGGAUUAAAUUGUCUAAAACCCAGUGGAAGGUACCACAAUCAUAUUCCUACGCUUCAGGGGAUAUCAUUCCUAUGUUUGCUGGUGAAACAUUGGAGUGGCAACCUUCUUCACCCAUAUGAUGAUGUUGUGGGAACUCGUCAAAAUAAAACCCAACAUGGUUGGUGUCGAUGAGCCUUGCCUUAAAUGCCUUUUUUUUUGGGGGGGGGGGGGGGUUGAGCCAUGGACCCAUUUCAGUCAUUGACUUUGGUUAAUGUUUCUUUAAAUGUGUGCUGACAAGUGCUUCUCCAUGUCCCAAAUUGUCUGUCCCUCUUGUUUAUUGCGUUAUUUUUAGCCAAUGAAAUUAUAUGGGACCUUUAUUAUAGAUCAAAAUCAUAUGGUUUGCCAAGGACCUUAUAGUCUGAUGGUACGACUCCCAAAUGAGAGAUAUGUGUUAGAUUCUUGGUGUUCGUAAUAACUCUACAAGCGUUAA